AUGGCUUCUGGAUACGGCGCUCACGGCGGACCAUCACGGUGUUUUCCUUUCUGGCAGGAACUGCUGGCUUGUUACGUCGUCAACAGUGCCGAAGAGGACGUCAAGGCCAAAGGAAAAUGCGGCGCAGCACUCGAAGACUACUACGAAUGCUUGCAUCAUAAGAAGGAGGCUGCAAGAACUAGAGCGCUACAAGCAGCGUACAGAAAGGCUGCUACCGCCAGCGAGAGAGAAGGAUUCCCAAGUGCAGGACAUAUUCGGAGUUUGGGAACAUUGGCCAAUGAGGCGAAGGAAUUGGAAUCAUCAUGA